AAUUAUUAAUUUAAUUGGAUAAAGUUUUCAUUUCACUCUUUUGUGAUACAAGGAAAUUUAGAAGGUCCCAUUUAAGUUAAUCAUGAAAGUUUAAAUUGACAUCAAAAAAGAAAUUAAAGUUAAAAUUAUAAUCAGAUUAAUGCAAAAAUAAAAUCAAUUUGAAGUAUUUAAAUUACUAUUAAACUGUGUGAAGUUAGUUGAUCAAUUGCAGAGAUAAAAGAAAUCAACUAAUGGUUAAUUAAAUUUGUUAAUGUUGAAGAAAAUUAAAUUAAUAAAUAAUUUAUUUGACAAAGAAAGAAAAGAAAUUUUCAGUGCACUUAUAAGGAUUUAAAAACGCCACGUUCACUUUUUCUUACUUAAUUUACGACUAAAGAAAGUCUUUCAUAAUGAGCUUAUUAGCUUACGAUUCAUUGCCAUCCCCAGACAAACGAUUUGAGUUGAAGGAAAUAAUUGGAACUGGUGUAUGCUCAAAGGUUUACCGAGCGAUCGAUAAAGAAGAAAAUAACCGAUCAGUCGCUAUAAAAUGUCAACGUUACGAAAAAGAUAUGAUUACACAUAUCAAUGAAGAAUAUCGAAUUUUGCGUGACUUUUCAUCACAUCCAAAUCUUCCCGACUUUCAUGGAGUUUAUCGGAAACAAUUUACAACUGUGCAGCCUGACGAAAUUUGGUUCAUUUUAGAGUUUUGUGAGCCAGGCUCAGUCAUUGAUAUCAUAAAAUCUCUUCACGCAAUUAAUAAGAGAAUUUCUGAAGAACACAUUGCUUACAUAUUAAGUGAAACUGCUAAGGGUUUGUUACACCUUCAUGAGAAUCACGUGAUUCAUCGUGAUGUUCGAGGAAGUAACAUUUUGAUGGCUAAUGAUGGGUCAAUCAAGUUAUGUGACUUUGGACUUGCGAGAGAUUUGAAUUCAAAUAAUGGUAAGAGAUCCACUUUUAUUGGAUCACCAAACUGGAUGGCACCAGAAGUUGUUGCGAGUUCUAAGAGAGACAAGAACAGUGUUUAUGAAAAUCGAGCUGACGUUUGGGCUUUGGGAAUCACAGCAAUUGAAUUGGCUGAUGGUAAACCGCCAUUUGGUGAUAUGAAUCCAACACGAACAAUGUUUCAAAUAUUGAGAAAUCCUCCCCCAACUUUAUAUCGUCCAUCCAAUUGGAGUCAAAAUUUUAAUGAUUUUAUUGCUGAAUGUUUGGAGAAGAAUCCUGAUCACAGACCAUUUCUAGCAGAACUGAUGGAGCAUCCUUUUUUCACUGAACUCCCUGCAAAUAGUUACCAUCUUUCUCAAGAACUGAAAAUUCUUCAAAGCGAUAUCGAAUCAAUAAACUUUCCAUUGCAACACGAAUCGAUUAUUUGUCAAGGAUACAUUCAGACACAUGACAAUAAGCUCGAGAAAAUGUUUGUUGAAGAUCUUGCUGCAUUGGAGCCACUUUCCGAUGAUGCAGUAAAUCCAAACAAAGAACUUUCAGCUUACGAUCGAAAGUUCCAUAAUCGUUACAUGUAUAAAUCACGUUCUGAAAACGCGCCACACAUUUUCGCAGUGGCUGACAGUGCUUAUCAAGACAUGCUUCAUCAUGAAGAACAACAAUUUGUCUUAUUUUCCGGAGAAAGUUAUUCUGGUAAAACAACAAACAUGAGAUUAGCUUUUAAACAUCUCGUAAUGAUGGGUGAAGGAAAUGCCGGAGUUGCUAAAAGAGUGACAAACGCUUUGCAAGCCAUCACUGCUUUGACUCAUUCGGGAACUUUACUAAAUCAAGAUUCAACUCGAUGCGUUUUACAACUUCAAAUGACUUUUGGGCGAACUGGAAAAUUGAGUGGAGCUUUACAAAUUAGUUUUCUUCUUAGGUCACAACCGAAUUUUCACAUUUUUUAUUAUUUUUAUGAUGCAAUGGAAGCUGAAGAGCGAUUGAAAGAUUUUAAUUUGGAAUGUGGACGGCAAUAUCGUUAUCUUCGUGUUCCUGACAAUUACAUUAAAUCAAAGUUAAGUCAUGUGCGUGACGAUCCACUUGGAAAUGCCAUGAAAUUCAAAGAAUUUGAACAAUCUUUGUUAGCUCUUGAUUUUCCACAAGACACACUUGAAUCGAUCUACAAGAUUUUAGCAGCUAUUUUGAUUCUUGGUGAGAUUCGAUUUAAAGAAAGUGAAACUGAUCGUAAAGCUGCCGUUGUCAAUCCGAAUGUGAUUGAGUCAGUCGCUGAGUUCUUGAAGGUCGACGAAAAGAAAUUUCAGUGGAGUUUGGUUAAUUAUUGCAUUGUCAUUAAAGGAAGUGUUGAGAAACGUCGACACACAGCUGAUGAAGCCAGAGAUGCAAGAGAUGUUCUAGCUGGAACAAUUUAUGCUAGACUUGUUGACUUUAUAGUCAACACAAUUAAUCAUAAGCUUGCAUUUAAUCGAGCAAUCUUUGGCGAUGUUCAUUCCAUAAUCUUAAUGGAUCUCUUUGGUUUUGAAUGCAAUACGAAGAAUCAUUUCGAGCAAUUAAUUGUCAACUCAUUUAAUGAACAAAUGCAAUAUCACUUCAAUCAACGUUGUUUUAUUUGGGAAAUGAUUGAACAAGAAGAAGAACAUGUUCCGGUAACAAAGUUGCAGUUUUAUGACAAUAAAAUUGCUGUCGAUCACUUGAUGAGUAAUCCCAAAGGAUUAUUUCAUGUCAUCGAUGAUGCAAGUCGUGGUCAAUAUUCGUAUGAAUACAUAACUGAAUCAAUAAAUAAUCGGAAAUCGCCUUAUGUACAACGUUACACUGCUCAUGAGUUUACUGUUGCGCAUUACACUGGAAAAGUCACUUACGACUCAAGAGAUCUAAUGGAGAAGAAUCGAGAUUUUAUUCCACCUGAAAUGAUGGAAACUUUACGUGGAUCGACGGAGUUCAUCAUUAAAAUUUGCUUCAGUAAUCCAUUGACAAAAAGUGGAAACUUGACAAUGGCUUUGAGUACUGAUGUGGUUGAAUCAACGACAAAUGACAAACGAAAGUCAAGAUGGGGAGCUGCUUUGUUGGGUGAAAAAUAUAAAUCUAGGAAAAUGAACACUUUGUCACGUGGUCAAUAUUCACAAAUCCAUAAAAUGCGAACGCUUGCUUCAAUCUUUCGUGGAACUUCUUUAGAGAUUCUCAAAAAUCUUUCAGUGGUUUCAAACAGCAGCGGAGUUCAUUAUGUUCGUUGUAUGAGAGCUGAUCUUGAGUAUCGUGAAUUGGGAUUGAAUGAAGAAGUUGUUCGUCAACAAAUGCGUGCGAUGUCCAUCUUGGAUACAGCAAGAGCUCGUCAGAAAGGAUUUUCAGUGAGAAUUCCUUUCGCAGAAUUUUUGAGACGAUACAAAUUUCUUGCCUUUGAGUUUGAUGAAAAUGUUGAAAUCACGAAGGAAAAUUGUCGAUUAUUGCUUAUUCGAUUGAAAAUGGAAGGAUGGCUUAUUGGAACAUCAAAAGUGUUUUUAAAAUAUUAUAACGAAGAAUUUCUUGCUCGUUUGUAUGAAACGCAAGUCAAGAAAAUCAUCAAAGUUCAGUCAAUGAUGAGAGCUUUUCUUGCAAAGAGACAAGUUUGUGACAAAAUGAAAACAGCAAUUGCUACAAUUCCAAAAUUAUGUCGUGAGAAAUCCGAAGAAAUGGAUCCAGAAGUUGCUGUAAUUAAAAUUCAGACAGCCUUUCGUGGUUAUCAAAUUCGAAAGAAAUAUGGGCCAUUAAUUAAUAGCAAGACGGGGAAAAUUGAUUUUGUAACAGCAAAGUUUAUUGAGCCUUACGCAUUCCGUUGGAAGAAGAAAUCAAUUUAUCAAAUUUUAUUGCAAUAUCGUUCAAUUCGUCAUUUGGAUUUGGUGAACUUUUCUCAGCAAGUUCACAUAUAUAAUCAACGGAUGGUGACUGGCUUGACGAUAACUGCAAAUUGUGUUUUGUUAGAUAAAAUUGAUCUCAAGCAAAUCAAUAAAGAGCAACUUGGACCAUUGCGUCGAGCAGUGUGGAAAAUUCCAUUCCGUUUGGAUGAAAUUCCUUUCUUCGACACAACAUAUUUGUGUGAACCAGCUCAACCAACUCAUUUCACAUCUUAUGAAGAAGAAACUGAGCCAUGGGACGCACCAUUCCGUCAUCGUAACAAUGUGUCAACUCAUAUCAGCAGCCACUUGUACAGUGGAUUAAGACGAGAAUCGAAUUACUCUGAGAUUGGAUCGGAUGAUGGAGUGCUUGUUAAUGAACCAUUUACGCGUGAUCCAAAUAUUCAAAUAAAGAAAUUAAAAGCGAGACGUUACGACAAUUCACCUCGUCCAAGCAUCGUAACGCCUAUUGAUGAGUCUCGUCGUUCUUCUCAUGCAUCAACACCAUUGAAAAAAUCUCACAUUGGAAAUCUACUUGAAAAGUUCAACGAAAAGCAAUUAUUUGCUGAUGAUAAAGUUUAUAAGAAAAGAUCAGCUCCAAAACCACCAGCCGAUGGCUUCAAUGAAAAUUUGGAACAUCGAACAAGAGUUCAAAAAAAAGCAAAUGCGCCACCGCGACCUUCCUCGCCACAUCAAAUUCCAAAACCUGAUCCAAUCAAGGAAAUGCAAUCAAUUGGGAAAAUUGAAACAACUCCAGAUGAUAAUGAACCACCUUUUAAUUUUCAGGGGAUGUUGAGAAAAACGAAAUAUCAUCGAAGUUCUAUGAAACGAACGGGUGAAAGCAACUUGUCUACUAUUACAGAUGACAACAAUAAUUCAGAGUCGUACGUCGAAAGUUUGAACAGCUAUUCAACUGUCGUCUUUCACAGCAAGGUAGAAGAUCCAAUUCCACUCGUUGCACGAAAAUCCCCACAAUUAGAGAAAUCUGAGUGCAGACCAGAUACAAAGGAUCUUAAUGCUAAUCCUAAAUUCGUGCAAGAAGAAAUUGUUCCAGGUAUAAUUGUCGAGGGUUAUGUUGAGGAUUUGUAGUAAUUGAAAGAUUUAUUAAGCCUUAUGCAUUCCAUUUUGGAUUGAAAGUGAAUAAAAUGUUGGAAAAUAUUCGUAUCUAAACAUUAAUUCAAACGAGCAUGACUUAAAUUCAUUGUCAUUAUUUCAAUUGUCUUACAAAUGAUUCUUAAUGUAGAAAAGAUUUUAAAAACGAAUGAACAUGUUGCAAUGACACACUCCCUUAAAUUUCAAACUUUAGAUAAAAGCAAUAAAAUGUUUAAUGAGAGAAAGAAUAAAAGAGUUGUUUGUCUAAAUCAGCUGUUUUAUGGCAAUGAUUUCUCUCAUUAUUCGCAUCCUUUGAAAUCUGUUAUCUACGAAAGCUUACAAAUACAUAAAUCAAGAUGGAGGGAGAAGAUCUUCAGCCAUUGGUUCCUUGAUUGGUUCUUACAAGAGAGAAAUGAGAGAGAAAAAGGAUUAAAAAAAUUAUUGAGAAUUAUUUCUGAGAAAGAGAAUUUCGCUUAUAAAAGAAAGCAUAAAUCAUAAAUAUUCAUCAUAACUUUUCCUUCUUGCUAGCCGUACAGAAGUCCUUAAGAGUUUUAACUAGUGAAGUUAUUAGAAAUAUUUAUCAAAUUAGAAAAACAUUGUUCC